GUGCUUCAUGAGACCAUUUUCUUUGUUUAUAGAUGAGGUCUUGUCUGAAAACUUUUUGGACUACAAGAACCGUGGUGUCAAUGGCUCUCACCGUGGUCAGAUUAUCUGGAAGAUUGAUGCCAGCUCUUACUUUGUGGAGCCUGAAACAAAGAUCUGCUUCAAAUACUACCAUGGCGUGAGCGGGGCGCUACGAGCCACAACUCCGAGUGUCACAGUGAAAAACAAUGCGGCUCCCAUUUUUAAAAGCAUCACCAAUGAAGAUUCAAUCCAGGGACAAGGAAGUCGGAGACUGAUAAGUUUUUCAUUGUCAGAUUUCCAGGCUUUUGGUCUGAAGAAAGGAAUGUUCUUCAAUCCAGAUCCUUAUCUGAAGAUUUCCAUCCAGCCUGGAAAACAUAGCAUCUUCCCAGCACUUCCUCAUCAUGGACAGGAGAAGAGGUCUAAGAUCAUGUGUAAUACUGUUAACCCAAUCUGGCAAGGAGAGCUAUUCAGCUUUGUCUCCCUGCCCACGGAUGUCCUGGAGAUAGAAGUUAAAGACAAAUUUGCAAAGAGCCGACCGAUCAUCAAGCGUUUCCUGGGAAAACUCUCUAUGCCGGUUCAACGUCUCUUGGAAAGACAUGCCAUAGGGGACAGAGUUGUAAGCUACACUCUGGGUCGCAGGCUUCCUACAGAUCAUGUCAGUGGCCAGCUGCAGUUCCGAUUUGAGAUAACUUCUUCCAUCCAUCCAGAUGAUGAAGAGGUCUCCAUUAGUGCUGAUCCUGAGCCAGCUGACCUCCAGGAAAGCCCUGUGAACAACCCCACAGAGGAAAGCCUCGGUGAGCCUCCAUGCAUCAACACAGUGACCUCAGAAAGUACAGCUCCAGAACAGCUAAAUGGAUACAGUGUGAACAGUGUCGAUAGCCCAGGGGCUGUCAAACCACCUGGGGAAGUCAACCAGAACAGCUUAAAUGAAGAGCUAGCAGGAGAUGGGGAGGUUGAUGCGGUACCAGUUCCUGAGCCCUUGGAAUCCAUCCCAGGAGAAGUGCUGCCUUCUUUAAUCGCUACGGACCUCACGGAGCAGCCGGCUCUGCUGGCUUGCAUGUCUCCUCCCGAGACUGAAGUUAGGGAAAAUAACAAAGUCAAUUCUGGUACUCAGGGAGAUGAUGGAGUCUUGACCAGCAUAGAAACGUUAGAUAUUGAUGAGGUGAGUGCAGAUGUGCAUGCUGGCAAGGACCUAGAGAAGAGUCAGGAUGAAGAAGGGGCUUCAGCCCAGGAGGAGGAAGACAACAAGCUACAAUUGAGGACCACAGCAAAGAGGAAAAACAGGCCAUGCUCCCUGCCUGUGUCUGAACUUGAGACAGUCAUAGCUUCAGCUUGUGGUGAGCCAGAGACCCCUCGCACGCACUACAUACGGAUCCACAACCUGCUCCACAGCCUGCCCUCGGCACAGAUGAGCAGCGAUGGGGAAGAAGAGCAAGAUGGUGGUAAUGGUGGGGAGAAUGAUGAGGAGUCUACAGUCAAGGAGGCGUUGGAGAAGGAGGUGGUCAGUGAGAGUGAGACAGUGGCAGCAGAGCCUCCUCUUGAAAAUGAGGCUGAAGAGAACUUCAGCCAGAGCACAGUGCCUCCUGGAACCUUGGAUGAGCAACUUGCAGACUUAAAUGAUGGGCUUUUGGAUGGGGAACACCCCAGGACAGGAAGUGAGAGCGAGUCGAGCUCCAGGCCCAACGGUGACAACGAAUGUGAGGCCUGCGACACCUCUUGCUACAGCCCCUCUUGCUACAGCACUUCCUGCUACAGUACCUCCUGCUACAGCACUUCUUGCUACAGCACCUCCUGUUAUGACAGUAACAAUCGCUUCUCCAGCCAUACCCGCUUCUCCUCUGUCGACAGUGCAAAGAUUUCUGAGAGCACGGUCUUUUCCUCACAGGAUGAUGAGGAGGAGGAGAACAGUGCUUUUGAGUCAGUGCCAGAUUCAGUACAGAGCCCUGAGCUGGACAGGGAGCAAGUGGAUGGCUCCUCCCAGUGGCCAGAUGAACUAGUAGCUCAUGGUGGGAAUCCACAAAGAGCCACAGAAAGUCUAGACACCCCAAUAGCAGGUCCAAGCAGCAGAAGAGAAGGUGAUUGUCCUUUACUCCAUAAUUCUCAGCCAGUCAGCCAGCUUCCUUCUCUGAGGCCUGACCAUCAUCACUACCCAACUAUCGAUGAGCCUCUUCCACCAAAUUGGGAAGCUCGGAUAGACAGCCACGGGAGGGUAUUCUACGUUGAUCAUGUCAACCGAACCACCACGUGGCAGCGCCCCACAGCCGCAGCAACGCCAGAUGGGAUCCACAGGUCUGGCUCCAUCCAGCAAAUGGAGCAGCUGAACCGGCGAUACCAAAAUAUCCAGCGAACUAUUGCAACAGAGCGGACUGAAGAUGAUGCUGUAGUAAAUAACAGGGUGGAGAGAGUUCCUACCGGAGGAGGGAGUGACUCUGAGGCAGAGCCUUCCCAGCCAAGCUCAGAGAUUAGGAGAGAAGGUUCCCUUUCUCCUGUGAAUUCUCAAAAAAUCACCUUGUUGCUGCAGUCUCCAGCUGUGAAGUUCAUCACCAAUCCUGAGUUCUUCACUGUGCUGCAUGCAAACUAUAGUGCCUAUCGAGUCUUCACUAACAGUACCUGCUUGAAGCAUAUGAUUCUGAAGAUCCGUAGAGAUGCUCGUAAUUUUGAGCGCUAUCAGCACAACAGAGACCUGGUCAAUUUUAUCAACAUGUUUGCUGAUACCCGACUGGAGCUUCCUCGUGGCUGGGAAAUAAAAACUGACCAGCAGGGCAAG